AUGUCAUUGAGUGGAUUAUUUGCAAUUAAUAAACCAACAGGUAGAACUUCAACCUUUUACUUGAAUGGGAUUAAAAGAAAUUUUUUUAAAGAAGGACAAAAGUUAGACAGUACUAGAAAUAAAAAGAAAGGUAUAAAAAUAGGGCAUGGUGGAACCUUAGAUCCAUUAGCUUCAGGUGUUUUAGUAAUUGGAAUUAAUGAUGGUUGUAAGAGUUUGAGUAAAUUUUACGGUUGUGAUAAAGUCUAUAGCGCAACAGGAUUAUUUGGCUUUGCUACUGACACUUAUGAUUGUCAAGGAGAAGUUAUAAAAGAAGCAUCAGCUGAUCAUAUUACCAAGGAGAAUCUAAUUCAAGCAAUAUCAAAAUUUCAAGGUGAAAUCAAACAACUUCCACCUUUAUAUUCUGCAUUAAAAAUGGAUGGACGUAGGUUAUACGAUUAUGCACGUAAAGGUCAAUCACUUCCACGAGAAAUAGAACCUCGGCCAAUAACAAUUCAUUCCAUAUCCCUAUUAGAGUUUACCACAGAUCAAAUCCCAACUCCAACUACCUCUCUACUACAAUUAAAGUCAUCACCAUUACCAUCACCGUCAUUAAAACAUCCAAUCUUUAAGAUUCACAUAAGUUGCAGUGGUGGGACCUACAUUAGAUCGUUGGUUCAUGAUAUUGGAGAAGCACUUGGUAGCUGUGCGCAUGUAAUAGAAUUGAAAAGAAUUCAACAGGGUGAAUUUCUACUUGGUAGAGAUACCAUUGAAUGGGAUGAGUGUUCUGACAUUAAUAAUAUUAUUAAAAUAUUGAGAAAUUGA